AUGCCGACCAUAUUCCCGCCACCGACAGGUUGUGCAAACUCCUGGACAUGGGAGCCUCCCGGCUACAACUGGGUAAAGCCCAGUGGCCUCUUGAUACAGAACUGCGAAACCGUGGUCAGCUCUUAUUUCCCUUCCGGAUUUGCGAACGUGGGAAGGACGGCGGCGACACAAGUCUAUAACCCCGGAGCCUGUCCUGUGGGAUAUACCUCUGCUUUUGUCGCUGUUGGUGACCAGAUAACCACUGCAGUAUGCUGUUACUCUAAUUUCGUGUACACUACCACGGAACCGAGCUAUAGUGAUGGACCGCCAUCAAUGUACGCCGGAUGUACGAGCUACCUCCCUGAAAAAAGCUCGACAUUCGUUUUCGCCCGAGGAGUAAGGGCCGACCUGGACGUACAGAUUACCGGCUCCAUGAUCAUGUGGGCACAACCUAUCACAGUCGAAUUUGUGGCUUCUGAUCUGUCCCGGCUUGGAAUCAAAUAUCCAACCGCUACAUCCACUUCCAAUCCCACAAUCACGGCCUCAACAACUGACUCUUCAGCCUCGCCGCAAUCCACUACGGCAUCAUCCACCACCUCGGAGGCGUCGGAGUCUUCCCUAACGAUCGUCAACAUCAACACCUCGCAGACCUCCCCGGGUGCCCAGGGCUCGGUUCACAACCCUUCUUCAACCCCCUCUGCUGGCUCCUUCUUAUCAACGGGCGCAAAAGUCGGAAUUGGCGUCGGUGCUGGAGUCGGCGCAAUCCUCGUCUCGAUCUUUCUCUUCCUAUGGGUUUCGCGCCAUCGCAAAGCAAAGGCCAACGGGGCUACCAUGCAUGUUGGCCCUGAGGAUCAUCCUCCAUACUACUACAAGACCGAAGGUCUACGAGGAGGGUUCCCCGCGCCGGCCAGGAGUACGAAGCAAGCGCGUGGGCCACCGAUGGAACUAGAUAAUGGGGGCUAUUCUAAUCACUCCGGCAAGAAUCUGCCGGAACUUCAGGGUUGA